AUGGCUCGCCGGCUCGUCCGAACGGGCGUUCAGCUCGGCUUACUAGUAACCUUUGUGAUUCUUUUGGUCGUAUUACUCGAUAAUCGAUUCCGUGUCCUUCCCAACUCCAUUCAUGGCCACCUUCCGAUGCACUACUCUGGCUACGUGAUCACCGAUGUGACCGUUACCCAAUGUUCAUCGAUCAACCCAUUCUCCACUUGCAAACUCGACCCGGAUGUUUGGUACCGCAUCGAAAAAGACCUCUACCUGCGCUCGGGCUGGACCUCGACUGCCUAUAUUCAAUUCCAGCGGAAGAAGGAGGAGGAGUUGACUGCGGAUGACAAGGUCGUUAUCGAUUUGAAAAUCAGUCGUCUCACUCCUCCGACUGAGUAUAGUCCCAAGGGUGAGGUCGAAGCCUGGGAACCGCGACCGGGUGGUAUCUGGCUGAAGCGUUCAGCCUCCCGCCACGCGAGCGAUUCUGGAAAUGCGGUGACAUACAUCGAUGUUCUUUUCGGUGCGGAUGCCGUGGACCCCCGUAUCAAUUGGGAAGUCAAAGAUACCCCUUUGUUGCUGGAUGGCUGGACAGAAAAGCUGGAGACUCGUCUCAGCAUUCGACGGGGGAACCCGACCAAGACCAAGAAACCUACGCCCAGAAUUAACGAGAAUGGAAAGUUCAAGGUCAUGCAGCUGGCGGAUCUACACUUAAGCACGGGUCUCGGAACUUGUCGUGACCCUGUUCCGGCUGAGCAUGCGCCCGGCCACAAGUGCGAAGCCGAUCCUCGAACCUUGGAAUUCGUGGAACGACUGCUUGAUGAGGAGAAGCCCGAUAUGGUUGUUUUAAGCGGAGACCAGGUGAACGGAGAGACAGCACCUGACGCUCAAAGCGCAGUCUUCAAGGGCGUCCAACUCCUUGUCGACCGCAAGAUCCCUUACACCGUCAUUUUCGGCAAUCACGACGAUGAAGGCGACUUGAGCCGAGCACAACUCAUGACCAUCUACGAAGACCUUCCCUACUCGCUUGCAGCAGCUGGCCCCGAAGACAUUGACGGAGUCGGAAACUAUAUAGUCGAAGUUCUCGACCGCGGCAAGGGCACGCACUCUGCCCUUACCUUCUAUUUCCUUGAUACCCACUCGUACUCCCCCGAUGAACGCCAAUUCCGAGGGUACGACUGGAUCAAGCCGAGUCAAACUCGCUGGUUCAAGAACACCGCUCAGGGCCUUCGGAGGAAGCAUCAGGAAUACUCUCACAUUCAUAUGAACUUGGCAUUCAUCCACAUCCCCUUGCCCGAGUACCGGAGCAGCGGGAAAUAUUUCAAGGGCCAGUGGGAUGAGGCUCCAACAGCGCCUGGAUUCAAUUCCGGCUUCAAGGAUGCCCUCCAAGAAGAGGGCGUCCUCUUUGUUAGUUGCGGACAUGACCAUGUCAACGACUAUUGUAUGCUCGAGCCCGAUGCAAACGAAAAGCCCUCUCUAUGGAUGUGCUACGGCGGCGGUAGCGGCCUGGGUGGCUACGGCGGCUACAACGACUACGUCCGGCGCGUUCGCUUCUUCGAAUUCGACAUGGGCCCCGGCCGUGUCACGACCUACAAACGCCUAGAGUGGGGACAAACAGAAGCCAAGAUUGACGACAUGAUGAUCAUCGACGGCGGUGCUGUCAAGGGUCCAAGUGAAGCAUCUUAA